AUGGCGCGCCAAAACUUCCCAUCACUCCUUUCCUCCAUUCUACUUCUCAGUCUUUCCUUCUUGACCGUCUUCGGUCAGUACAUCCAGACCUAUGUCAUCCAGAACCAGCUGCCCAACGGCCGUGAAAUCCGGCUAUGGCGCCCCACGUCCCAGGACCAGUGGCAGGAGGUCAUCGACGUCCACCCGUACGCCGUCUUCCUUGAAUACAACUGCUACUACAUGACGGCUAUUUGUCGCAACGCCGACAACUUCUUUGAGUCGACGCGCGGCCUGAACCGCGGCAUGGACAACACUCUGUUCCACCUCGACUUUAGCACGCGCAAGCGGUCGCCCCGCGGCCGCUCGUCUUACAGACGAUCCCAGAGCUGCCCGACCGGCUGGGUAGCCGCCAACAACUGCCCUCAUACCGACCAGGAGACUGUCUGGCGCCACGACGGAGCGUGGUGGACCACUGCUCUUGCGCCCCCUCCAGAUGGCUUGAACUUCAUCCUCGCGCCACUAGUGAUCGGCCCGGUCACCAGAGAGUCGGGUGUCUACUACACCUGCGACGAGUUCCCUGCCGCUUCGUGGAUCGAGGGUGGUGACGGCACUGGCAUCGCCGGCAACGGCCGCGAGGGCGGCGCGUCGCAAACCCGAUGCGCCGGUUUCCAGUGCCGCUCCGGCGUCAAGGCCGAACAGAACUGGCAGGCCACGGCGCAUCGCUACCUACGCUACGAGCUCAAGCGCAUCAUCAACGGCCUGGGUAUCUGGCCGCCCGGCGUCGACAGGAACAAGCAGAUUGCCGGGUUCCAUUUCCGCAUGACGAGCUCUGCCAACGGCGUCGCAGCGCGCGUCAUCGGCUACUCGGCGCUCGACCCGGACGUUGUCGACAACACGAGGCCUGUGUCGCAGGCCAAGCGUGACGAGCAGUCACCCGAGGAGUUUCGCCGCUGGGCGAACACCGUCACCAUGGAGGAGCUCGAGGAGCUCACCAGCGGGACGCUGAGCCAGCACAUCAUCUAUUCAAACGAGAGUACUCCGGCAUCCCCUGAGGAUGGCGAGGACGAGGAAGACGAGGAGAGUGACAAGGCCUGGCGCGAGCUGCUCCAGCGGUCUCUUGCCGCCGCCUCCAGGGUGACGAACCUUCGUGAGGUCAACGGCGUCAAGAAGGUCCCCAGUCACAGCGUGGACACCACCCCGUCUCCUGACACGCUGAACCCCAACCCCAUCGUUAAGAGAAACGUAACGGUGAAUCACGCGCCUCUCGUGAAAAACACCACCAUGUCUGCCAUUGAGCGGGCCCGCAAGAUUGUCGACAAGGCCAUCGACGAGUCGAGCAAGCUCAACGCCGCCCGCCUGGCCAACCCCCUGCGCAACAGGUACGAGCUGAAGCCCGGCACCGUGACGGGCGCCCUCAAGAUCCGCCAGAACAAGGACAAGGACGCCGCGCCCGUUCACCAGCUUCUCAACAUUACCGACGAGAUUGCCGCUGCUGCCGCUCUCGUCGCAGAGGAUGAUGCGCGCCAGAACCGCCACAACGUGACGCAGAAGGUCUGGAGGGCGGCCGCCGCCGCGAGCCAGUCUGGCUCGUACUGGAUGGAGCACAUUGCUCGCAAGGGCAGCGUCCCGUGGGGCGACGACCCGAGCUACAAGGUGUAUCGCAACGUCGUCGACUACGGUGCCGUUGGUGAUGGCGUCACGGAUGACACCAAGGCCAUCAACAAGGCUAUGCAGGAUGGCAAGCGAUGCGGUGAAAAGUGCAAUGGCUCUACGACUAAGAAUGCCAUCAUCUACUUCCCUCCGGGCAAGUACCUUAUUUCUACGACGAUUGAGAUGCCAUUUGGCACCCAGGUGAUUGGAGACGCAAACAACCGACCGACUCUCAUUGCCUCGAAGCGCUUCAUCGGCCUCGGCGUCCUCUCUACCGACAAGUACACGGGCGGCGGCACGGGCAUCGACGGCCGCGACCAGGAGUGGUUCGUCAACACGGCCAACUUCUACCGCCAGCUGCGCAACAUCCGCAUCGACAUCACCGACACGCGCGCGUCCCAGAACGUGGCCUGCCUGCACUACCAGGUCGCGCAGGCCACGAGCAUCCAAAACGUCGAGCUGAUCGCCAAGGCCGGCACCGGCCAGAGGGGUAUCUUUGCCGAGAACGGCAGCGGCGGCGUCAUGUCCGACAUUACCUUUACUGGCGGUGGCUACGGUAUCUACGGUGGCAACCAGCAGUUUACGGCGCAGCGCCUCACGUUCAAUGGCUGUGACGUGGGUGUUCAGGUCAUCUGGGAUUGGGGCUGGGUAUGGAAGUCCAUCACCAUGAAGAACGUCAAGACUGGAUUCAAGCUCCUCCAGGAGGAGAAGAAGCCGGCGUCGAAGAGGUCAAAGCGUGAUGGCAAGAACUCCCCGAACGGCAACAUCGGCUCCAUCUCCGUCAUCGACUCGAGCUUCGAGGGUGUCGGCACCGCCGUGUUGAUCGCGCCGCCAAACUCCAAGCCUGGCACGGGCAGCACCGGUGUGGUGAUCGAGCACGUUUCCUUCUCCGGCGUCGACAAGGCUGUCGCGGACACGAGCGGCAAAACGCUCCUCGCACCAUCAGCCAUGGUCGACCACUGGGCGCUCGGUCCCGUCUACUCGUCCAAGGCGGCUCGAUCCUUCUCUGAGGGUGGCAAGAUCACCGGCUUCCACCGGGACUCUGACCUGACCGACAGCAAGGGCAACUACUUUGAGCGCCAGAAGCCGCAGUACGAGAACAGCGCGCUCGGCGACUUUGUCCACGUCAAGGACUUUGGCGCCAAAGGUGACGGCGUCACGGAUGAUACCGCCGCCUUCCAGACUGCGCUGUACGGCAGCCAGGGCAAGAUUCUCUUUGUCGACGCAGGCUCAUACAUCCUCACCGGUACUGUUACUGUGCCUGUGGGUUCCAAAAUUGUGGGCGAGACGUGGUCGCAGCUCGUUGCAAAGGGCAAAUAUUUCGGAGAUGCCACCAAGCCCAAGGUCAUGCUCAAGGUCGGCAAUGCCAACGACGUCGGCUCCAUCGAGAUGCAGGACCUCAUCUUCACCAGCCGCGGACCCGCGCCGGGCUUGAUCAUGGUCGAGUGGAAUGUGCGCGCCAGCAGCCCCGGUGCCGCUGGUCUCUGGGACUGCCACGCCCGAGUUGGUGGUGCCACGGGCACCGACCUCACUCCCAAGGAAUGCCCGCCCUCGAAGAGCGGCAUCGACGAGGGCUGCAACGCCGCGAGCUUGAUGAUGCACAUCACCUCCAAGGCCUCUGGAUAUUUCGAGAACAUGUGGCUCUGGGUAGCCGACCACAUGAUUGACGAUCCUGACCUGAACGACGCCAACAAUGACAUGGUUCAAAACUCCGUCUACGUGGCACGCGGUCUCCUCAUUGAAAGCCAGUCCCCCGUCUGGCUCUACGGCACCUCGUCCGAGCACUCCGUCUUCUACCAGUACAACUUCCACAACGCCAAGAAGCUCUUCGCUGGCAUGAUCCAGACCGAGUCGCCCUACUACCAGCCCACGCCCAAGCCGCCUCUGCCCUUCAAGGACGCCGUCGGCGUCUUCGCCGGCGACCCGAGCUACAAGUGCGCGGCCGACGACGAGUUUAGCGGCUGCGACGAGUCCUGGGGCGUCAUCAUCAAGGGCUCUGAGAAUGUCUUUAUCGCUGGCGCGGGCAUCUACUCGUGGUUCUCGACCUACACGCAAGACUGCAUCGACACACAAACAUGCCAAAAGGUCAUGGUCCUCCUCGAGGAAAACCUCGAAAACGUCCGCAUCCAGAACCUCAUCACCAUCGGCGCCAAGUACGUCGCCGUCCAGGACGGCAAGGGCAUCAAGGCUACCGACAACCUCAACGUCGACUCGCACCCGGAGUGGACGCAAAUCUCCGUCUUCGACGUAAGCCGCAGCGCGCCCGGCUUCGAGGACCUCACGUGGAUCGACCCCAAGAUCUGGCAAAUGGACACCCCCAGCUUCACCUGCUCGGCGCCCUGCACCGUCAAGAUCCCGCCUUGGACGGGCGCCACCCGCGUCGUCAACUAUCCCCUCAUCACCGUCAGCAGUGGCGGCUGGACGAGCACCAUUACCAAGCCGCCGCUGACGUUGACCAAGAUGGUGUUCAAGCCCGUGACUAUCACGGCUGGCAGCGCCAAGGGUAAGGGAAAGCGACAAGGCCUGGAACCAUUCUUCCCCAUCCCGGCCACGACUCCGGCAUGGCCGCAGGUCAAGUAUACGGGCCCAGACGGAAAGGAGUCCUGGGCCAGCCCGACUGGUCCAUUCCCGACGCCUCCUCCCUCGAUCGGACCGGACGCGAAGCCGCCCAACUCUGGCAACUGGCCGAAGAGAGCCAUCCAACCCAUGAUUGGCGUCGACACCUCUCCCUGGGUUGGCCGAUGCGAGUUCUGGGACUUUCCCUGCUACCAGCAGCCGUGGCAGUACGGCGACGACCCCUGGGGUAUCGGCGGCACUGGCGACGACGGUGACGACUGGGACGGCAAUGACGUCCCCGAUGAGGAGAUGAUUACAUGCCCGGCCAAGUCGUCGUCAUCCUCCAGCUCGUCGACCAAGACGACCACGACGACCUCGCCGACGCCCAAGCCCUCACCGCGACAGGGUGACCCCCGCCUCAACUCGCGCCACUGCUACAACUCGGGAUACGCCGCCAAGCACGUGCGCAUCGACAACGCCAUCAAGUCAUACUGCAACCAGCUCUACGACAAGGGCUCCCUCCUCAAGGCAGGAUACUCGUACGAGUUCAAGUUUCCGUUUUCCGGAGACCCGUGGCCGCUCCUCGUCACCAUCAGUCUCAAGGUCCUGGACAAGUGCAGCUGGGUCAACAAGGAGACGGCGUUUGCGAGGUCAGUGAAUGACUUUGGCAGCAACAACGGCACCGACAUUGAGAAGCGAGAUGUCAUUGAGGGCAAGGAGCUCUGCUCCAAGUACCUGCAUGCCAUUAUAGAUAGCUGCAACUGUGGGGGUGUCGACGGGAAGCAGGGUGGAACGUUGGAAAAUGACUGUUAUGAGUGGAGGAUUGACCCCAACACAGAUUGGUAG